AUGAUUCCCACCCGGAUCGUCGCUACGCCCUUCUCCGCCUCCGUCUCCAUCAUCGCCGUCAUCUUCCGACUUACCUGGUACCUCAUCCUGGUAACCCUCUUCUAUUCAACAGGUGUCACCUCCGCUAGCAUCACUGCCGUCCGCCGCGGCUCGUCCAACGACAAUGAUGGCGUCUUCCAGGCCGGCAUCGCGCGGAGUUUAGCCCUCUCUUCCCUCAUCAACACCAAACCAUCAGUACAAAAGCGAAGCGCUACCGAACACGUCAUCCUCUGCGACUGCCUCUCGGCCUCCGGGAUCCGGUCGUCGCAAAUGGCAUACUACAGCGCCGACGUCCAGGGAUCACCGACGGGGGGCGUGGGGAUCGUCGAUACCGAGUUAAACACGACAGCAACCUGGUACAACGCCACGACAUCAGCGACGUGGGCCGACACAGGCGUGACGUUCAAAGCCGUGAUCGGGUACCAUGUCGCUGAGGACGAUUACGUGGGAAAGGGGAAUAAUGGAUAUGGAGACUUUAGGUGUUGGCAGAGAGCCAGGACGGGGUUUGCGUAUGACUUGAAGGGGAAUGGGAAUGUGUGUGAGAUGAAGAUUGAUUGUAAUAAGGCUGUUGCGCCUUCCACCGACCCAGCCUAUGUCCCCUUGGAAUCAACCACUACAUUGACCAGCGACGACGGCCAAUCACCAGCUUCAGCCGGCAACACUCCUGCUCCCACUUCCACCAACUCGGCAGAAAACGCACAGCAACCAGGCCUCGAGAACAAAGACAAAGACAAAGUAAUCUCCACUGGAGCCGUAAUCGGCAUCGCCAUGGGCAUAGUCGUAGCCUUUACUUUUCUCGCCGGCGGGGCAGGGUUCUUUUUUGCACGACGACGGCGUCUCAGGAAACAGCGAGAACAACAACGCCGAAAAGAAGCCCGAGCGGACUCGACCAUCACGGAGUCACACUCCCCCGGUUCGGAUCUCGCCAAGAGUCCGAGCGCCGUUUAUGAGCUGGAUGGGGAAUGGUCCCGACACGAGAUGGGCGACGAUACGGGCCACUAUGAGAUCGACGGGCAGGUGCGGUGCGAGAUGGACGGGGUGGAUGGGGAGAUUAAGGAGAAGAUGGAUGAUGAUUUGUUUGCUGAUGCGGCGGAUGCGAAGCAAAUCAUUUUGUGUUUGGAUGAGAAAAAAGAUUCGAAAAUGAUUAUUGAUGAGAAGAAGAAGGAAAAGGGGGAGAAGGUGCGCGUCAGUGAGAAGGAAAUGGAGGCAAGGAGGGAUAAAGAGGAGCGGGAGCGAGAGCGAGAGCGGCAACAACAGGAACAACAGCAGGAACAACAACAGCAACAACAGCAACAGUUGGAGAAGGAACAGAAGACAACCAAAAACGCUGGCGACGACCUACCGAUGGUCUCGCCAAUAUCACCCCUCUCACCACCGGCGUGGACAGAGGAAGGAGUAGGGCAAACACCGUUUUGCUUACCGGCCAUCAUGCCGGAGCCGGAGAAGUUUAUAGCGGAGGAAUUCAGAGCACACAACAAGGAGAUGGCGAAGAGAGAGAAGGAAGGGGUGAAUCUCAAGUUCCGGUUUGAGGAAGAAACGCAGAAGUAUAUAAAGGUCGACAUACCGUCGGCAAGUGGGAAGGAUGCGGGCGGCCCAUAG